UUUGUUUACAUCUUGAGUAAUUUAAGCUGGCUGUUAAUUUAAUAUUGACCUUGCAGCAUAACUUUAGAUAUUUACUUCGUAAUGGAUAAAAGUAAACCAUUUGGUUUGGUAAUACCAAAGAAAAAUAAAGCAUUUCAAGCUAAGAAAACUUCCAUAUUUGAAUCAGAUAGCGAUGAUGAGCCCGCGAGUAAAAAACCUACUCCUAUACCACAGGCAAAACCUCUUUCUAAAAAGCUAGAACAAAAAGAAUUAUGCGAAGAUCCUUCGAUCUACGAAUAUGACAGCAUUUAUGAUGACAUGAAAGCUCAAGAAGUUGCAAAGAUAGCUGGUCCAAAAGACAACAAGCCAUCUCGAUAUAUCGAUACACUUUUAAAAGCUGCCGAUAAACGUAAAAAAGAAUAUGAAAGACGUAUCGAACGAAAAGUACAAGUAGAACGCGAAAAAGAAGGCGACAAAUUCCAAGAUAAAGAGGCAUUUGUCACAUCAUCUUACAAAAAGAAAAUGCAGGAAAUGGAAGAAGCUGAAGAAAGAGAAUGUCGUGAAAAUAUGUUGAAUGACAUGAUGGAUGUAACUAAACAAAAUGAUUUGAGUGGAUUUUAUCGGCACUUUUUGAAGCAAUCUGUGGGAGAGGAAAAAAUUCCUGUAUUUGGUGAAAAGCGUGCAAUUAAAAAAGAACCUAAAAGUGAUGACGAUGAUAAGGAAAAAACAGAUUCUAUUAAAGGAAAGAAAAGAAAAACUCUUCAUUCAGAUGAAGAAAAGAACAAUGAUGUAUCAUCCAGAAGAAAGAAAGAAGAUAAUGAAACAGCUAAAAGUACUUCAAAAACUUCUUACAAUCGUCCAAAAAUGUUUAAGAAAGGUCGUAGUGAUUCUGAUGACGAGGAAACGCAUAACCCUUCUAAUGAAGCUACUAAUCUACCAGAUCCGAACUUAGAUGUAGAUUCUGAUAUAGUUUCUUCCUGUGAAGAAGAGGAAGAAAGUAACCAUUCGAAAUCAAGUGAAAAAAUAUUAAAAGAUAAGAUUUCAGCUAAUAAUUCUGAAGCUAGCAUUGAUAAUGAGAAAGACAAUUCAAGACAUAAAAAGAGUAUUAAAAACAUUCGUAAAAGAACAAAUGAUGACUUUUCUGAUUCAUCUGAAUCUUCAAAAGAAAAUGAAGAAAAGCAUGAUUCACCUGUGAAUGAAACUUCAUUGAAUGGCCAACAAGCACCUCAGACUGAAAAAGUUGAAGAUGCUAAUGAAACUGAAAAACCAAAACCUAAAAAAAAUUGGCUUGAAAAACGAACUGUUGGGGAACUGUUUGCUGCUGCACAAGCUCGUUAUUUUAAGAGAUUAGCUACACGUAAUGGAUGAUUUAUGUGUUAUUUUGGAUUCAGAUUUUUGUAUUGUAGACACAUUUUAUAUUUUUGGAUGAUAUUUACUUUAAAAAAAAUGUUCCCAUAAAAAUAACUGUAGACAUUUUAAAUUAUUUGUUAAUAAUAAGAAAUUUAUUCAAAACUUAAAAUUUCUUUAUUUUAUUAAUAUUGUCUAAAUCACUUAGAAAUAACCAUACAAAAGAAUUUAAUUUUUCGUUAACUUGAAACAGUCCAUUGCUAACUUAUAAUUAUUCAGUAUUUUUGAUACAAUGAUGCUACAAAAUUUUUAUUUGCAUAAAAUACUUAAAGUUAUUUUGGCAUUAACUUGAAACAGUCCUUUGCUAACUUAUAAUUAUUCAGUAUUUUUGAUACAAUCAUGCUACAAAAUUUUUAUUUGCAUGAAAUACUUAAAGCUACUAUGGCAGCAAAUGUCAAAGGAACACUUAUCAAUUAUAUGUAUUUGUUUUAUGUUAUAAAUUGGAACCUUUAA